CGCGGCGGAGCUGCGGCUGCUCCCGCUGCUGAGGGGAGCGGCGAGGUGGCCGCCCUGCGCCUUCCCGGACUUCCCAAGUGGGGGCAGAGCCGCCGCUCACGGAGCCGCCUGUUAGCAGGCACAGGGAAAGCGGGACCUCCAAACUCCUCCUCAGCGACUCCUCUCCACCCUCUUUUGGCCCCUGCCCUUGGAGAAAGUGGAGUGUGGCGCUCGGUCGUCGUUACUCCUUCAGACAGCUUCGCGGUGCACGGAUUCCGCUGCUGCCCGGUGGGGCUCUCCGCUGUCGGCGCUCCUCCGUAUGUGCCUCCCCCCGGCGCACCUCUGUCGACGAUGAGGAAAGGUCUGCGGACGACAGCGGCCCGCUGCGGACUGGGGCUGGGAUACGUGCUGCAGAUGCUCGUGCUACCUGCCCUGGCCCUGCUCAGCGCCAGCGGCACCGGCUCGGCCGCUCAAGAGGACGACUUUUUUCAUGAACUCCCAGAAACCUUUCCAUCUGAUCCACCUGAGCCUCUGCCACAUUUCCUUAUUGAGCCUGAAGAAGCUUAUAUUGUGAAGAAUAAGCCUGUGAACCUGUAUUGUAAAGCCAGUCCUGCCACCCAGAUCUACUUCAAGUGCAAUAGUGAAUGGGUUCAUCAGAAAGACCACAUAGUAGAUGAAAGGGUAGACGAAACCUCUGGUCUCAUUGUCCGGGAAGUAAGCAUUGAGAUUUCACGCCAGCAAGUGGAAGAACUCUUCGGGCCUGAAGAUUACUGGUGCCAGUGUGUAGCCUGGAGCUCGGCGGGUACCACCAAGAGCCGGAAGGCCUACGUGCGCAUUGCAUAUCUGCGGAAGACAUUUGAGCAGGAACCCCUGGGAAAGGAAGUAUCCUUGGAACAGGAAGUCUUGCUCCAGUGUCGACCACCAGAAGGGAUCCCAGUGGCUGAAGUGGAAUGGUUGAAAAAUGAAGACGUCAUUGAUCCUGUCGAAGAUCGGAAUUUUUAUAUUACUAUUGAUCACAACCUCAUCAUCAAGCAGGCCCGCCUCUCGGAUACUGCCAACUAUACUUGUGUUGCCAAAAACAUUGUCGCGAAGAGGAAAAGCACGACCGCAACUGUCAUAGUCUAUGUAAAUGGUGGCUGGUCUACCUGGACAGAGUGGUCUGUGUGUAAUAGCCGCUGUGGACGAGGGUAUCAGAAGCGCACAAGGACCUGCACCAACCCAGCCCCACUCAAUGGUGGUGCCUUCUGUGAAGGGCAGAGUGUGCAGAAAAUAGCCUGCACCACGUUAUGCCCAGUGGAUGGCAGGUGGACCUCAUGGAGCAAGUGGUCAACUUGUGGGACCGAGUGCACGCACUGGCGCAGGAGGGAGUGCACGGCACCAGCCCCCAAGAACGGAGGCAAGGACUGCGACGGUCUCGUCCUGCAAUCCAAGAACUGCACGGAUGGUCUGUGCAUGCAGAGUUUCAUUUAUCCUAUUUCAACUGAGCAGAGAACCCAGAAUGAAUAUGGAUUUUCUUCUGCUCCUGAUUCAGAUGAUGUUGCUCUGUAUGUUGGCAUUGUGAUAGCUGUGAUAGUGUGCCUGGCCAUUUCUGUAGUUGUGGCCCUCUUUGUGUAUCGGAAGAAUCAUCGUGACUUUGAGUCUGAUAUUAUUGACUCUUCUGCACUCAAUGGAGGCUUUCAGCCUGUGAACAUCAAGGCAGCAAGGCAAGAUCUCCUGGCAGUACCCCCAGACCUCACGUCAGCUGCAGCCAUGUACAGAGGACCCGUUUAUGCCUUGCAUGAUGUUUCGGACAAAAUCCCAAUGACCAACUCUCCGAUUCUGGAUCCACUGCCUAACCUGAAAAUCAAAGUGUACAAUACCUCAGGGGCUGUCACACCCCAAGAUGACCUCUCUGAGUUUGCAUCAAAGCUGUCCCCUCAGAUGACCCAAUCCUUGUUGGAGAAUGAGGCCCUCAACCUGAAGAAUCAGAGUCUAGCAAGGCAGACGGACCCAUCCUGCACUGCGUUUGGCACCUUCAACUCCCUCGGCGGUCACCUUAUCAUUCCCAAUUCAGGAGUAAGCAUGCUGGUUCCCGCUGGGGCCAUUCCCCAAGGGAGAGUCUACGAAAUGUAUGUGACUGUACACAGGAAGGAAAAUAUGAGGUAAAUAUGCUUUUUCUGGUGCACUUGACUUUAUCAAUGUCUGACUUGGAGGAGAAUUGUACAUGAGAAAGAAUAAACCCAA